UAUCUUGAUGCGGGUAUCGAGAGCCGCUGUACCUCGGUAUCUUUCCCCGCAACCAUUUGCAGAAGCUGAUCGACAACUACUCUCUCUGUUUCUUAUUGAACAUUGCACCCGGGAGCAUUUGGAGACCUUUCUGUUGGUGUGUUUGUAUUGACCACCCAAGUUGAACAAGAUGUCUAGUCCUGGCGCCGGUUACGAAUACCCUUCAACUGAGGUGUCCUGGUUGAAGAGAGAUGUUCUGCUGUUCGCGGUCAGCAUAGGGUGUACCGUGGACGAGCUUCACUUUAUUUAUGAACUUCAUCCCAACUUCGCUGUGUUCCCUACCUAUUCCAUCAUUUUACCAUUCAAAAAGAGCACGCAGGAAGUCAUCGACUUCUACGCUUCUCAAGAGGCACACCCAAUCCCUGGCGUACCCAAGCUUGACCCACGGCGAACCCUCGAUGGUCAGCGUCUGCUCCAAUUCCUCAAGCCUCUCCCUCCAACAUCCGCUGGUCGGAAAUUCGAGCUGCGGUCGAAAGUUCUAGGUGUCUAUGACAAGGGCAAGCCCGGAACCGUGGUUGAGACUGAGCAGACUAUCGUCGACAAAGAGUCUGGCGAGGUAUACACACGAGCUGUGAGCAGUGGAUUCUUCGUCGGUCAAGGAGGAUGGGGAGGACCAAAGGGCCCUUCAACCGUCAACUACCCGCCUCCCAAGGGCAAAGAAAACAGCCCGGACAAAGUCAGCGAGACGCAGUUGACUGCCGAGAGUCCACAUCUGUAUAGGUUGAAUGGCGACUAUAACCCUCUCCAUGCCACACCCGAACCAGGUCAGAAGAUGGGCUUUGGCGGAUCUAUCAUGCACGGAUUGUACAGUUGGAAUAAUUCCGCACAUGCACUUUUGAAGGAGCUCGGUGGAAGCGACCCUGCCAACAUCAAGGAGUUCCAGGCACGGUUUGCGGCACCUGUCAAGCCUGGCGCGAAGAUUGUCACGGAGAUGUGGAGGACUGGCGAUAUCAAGGAUGGAUGGGAAGAGAUCAGGUUCCUCACCAAGGUGAAUGGAAAAGUCGUACUUAGCAAUGGUCGUGCCUUGAUGAAGGUCGCCGAGGGGAAGAGCAAGCUUUGAACAUAGAUCGAUAAAAAUCAGGAGCACGUUCGAGCC